ACACAAAAAUGGAGCGCAGCAUAUCUUGAGAUUACUGAGGUACAUGUAUUUAAAAGGAAAGUGAUGACUGAUAAAUACUUGUUCAUACUAACCUUGUUUAGUAAGCUCUCCACGAUGCUGAAUCUUCUUAUCGUGUCUUCUCUCUUGGGAUUGGCUGCCUGCCUACCUUCAGAGCAGAAGCUCUACGGUAACUUUUCCACCAUUCCCUAAGUCCUGAAGACCGACUCCGACUACAACAGCUGGCAAAGCCCAGGGCCGCUCUACCGGCAAAUUUCAAACGACUUUAUGUCUCGCAGUCCGGAAACAUCGUCCAUAACACGAAGCCCGCCACCGGCCACUGGAUAGAAAUUGCUGGAAGUCCUCGGUCCAGUGAACGGGCUUUGAUACAGGGGGCAAGGGAGAUUGCCAAGAUGCUCAGCCACGCUCCAGCUUACAUCUUUAACAACAUCGCCAACCACGAAGGGUGUGGUGUCGGAAUUUUCACCGCUUCCGAGAAAAUCGUUGUGUUCCCGGAAUUCUUGGACUUAGCCGAUACCCCUGCAUGUCGCGACCGAUGUGAUGGAGAGUGCGGCCCAACCUGCACUUUCGACGGCCGGAAGUUCGAGGACAUCGCGGGGGUGACCAGCACACGCUCCGUCGUCCUCGAGGACAACGUGCUGUGCACUGCAUAUGACCCCUACAGUCACUAUGACAACAUCCUGGUGCACGAGUUCGCACACAGUGUGGAGAGCUACGGGCUGUCCAACAGUGAUCAAAAUCAGCUAACACAAGCUUACGACAAUGCCAGAGAACAAAGUCUGUGGCGCCUCAGUUCUUAUGCCAUGGGUAACCAGGCGGAGUAUUUUGGCGAAGGCACUGGUGCCUUUUUCCUCGUGAACAUGCAGGACACGACAGGGGGAUGACUGACUGCCCAGGCCAAACGUGUAGCACAGAAUCAGAAGUGAGGUCAUUCAUGCGUGACCACGACCCCCUCCUGUACCGUCUGCUCAGUCACGUGUAUUUCAACGGUAACCCCGUAUCCCCGAGUGGGGUCACGAUCUGCCCAGCCUAGGAUCAGCGCCAAGAGCGUGGCACACUGCAGCAGGUGAAGAACCUUCGAAGGUUGAGGAAUCCCACCAUACAGGUGGAAUAUGUUAAACAUGUUAACUUUUAGACGUUUCUGAACUAUGCAUUUAAUGAAUAUUUUAAUUGUUAAAGUUGUCAAUAAAAUGUUGAUGGUCAAAUAGACUGUUGGUCUAUU